CCUUUUUUUAACGGCAACAUUCUGGGUAUUUCAAAUUUCAAAACAAACUAGGUACCUGCCACUUGAGUUCUUCACGUAAAGUUUUUUUAUAUAUAAAUACGAAAUUUCAAUGUUCUGAGUGUUUUUUUUAAGUGUGGCUAAGUGGAUUUCAAACUCGUAAGUGGAAUUCUCCACCCUUAGCAAUGGCAUUCUACUUGUUCUUUGUUUUAGUUUGGUUCAAAACCUUUCGAAAUGUCUCGCAACGCAGCGCCUUCCUUAAAUCAGCUAGAAAAACUAGUAAACUUUUUGGAAAGCAAUCCAUGGCUGGCUAUGGGUCAUGCUCGUACUGCGAAUGCUCGCAAUCGCAGUCGUCAGGCAUGGUCCGAAAUAACGACAGCUUUGAACAGUGAAGGUGGUGGGUGUACGAAAACAUGGGAACAGUGGUGUAAGUACUGGAAGGACAAAAAAGGAGCAGUGAAGAGGAAGACCAGCUUAAUUGCAGCAUCAAGACGGCGGACUGGUGGUGGUAUAGAGGAUGUGCCAGAGCUCAGUGAAAUUGAGUUAAAAAUCCAAACAAUCAUGGGAGGAGAAAGUUUUGGUAGCGGAGAUCAGAACUUAGCAAUAAAUCCCUUUGAGGAACAGCCGAUAGAUAGAGUUGCGGAAAGUGAAGAGUCUCCCAGCAUUUUACUUAAUAUUGACCUGCCAAUUGAGCAACAGCAUGCUGACCAAAGCAGAUUAUCUGAGCCAGGCUAUGAAGUGCUAUGGUCUAAUCUUCCUGCCUUUGAUGGGAAUAGUGUGCAAGACAAUCUGGCACCGAUACCUUCAACCUCAGCAUCCCAGCCAGUAAUUGAACCAGCAUCAGACGCUCAUCGUUUAGAAGCUGAAGAAAACAGGGUUCUACCAACUGAGCCAACAAGACCUAUGUUACAGCGAAAUGAUGUUUUGGAAAGAGGCAGUCAAACUCCCAGUCAGCGUUUGCCUAGAGAGACCUUACAUGGUCGCCGACGGACUCACCAACAGUCUCCGCGGCAAUCUGCCGCGCGCCGGCGUCUAUUAAGAAGGUCACCUCCCGCGCAACGCCGCUCUGAAAUGGUUAGCAUCACAGAGCGGUUCAUUGCAAUUGAAGAACGCCGAGCAGACGCAGAACUCUUGAUUGCUCAAUCGAUCAAUAAACAAGCACAGAACAGCCAAGCUACUGUUGAGGUUUUAGGUCAAGUCGGUCAAGCUAUGGUUCAGGCGCUGGAUAAAUUAGGUAGCGCUCUUAGAGAUUUAGCUAAUAAAUAAAAUGUGUGUCAAAGGACUGAUAUAUACAUUAUUAGUUAUGAUAAAAUACACUAUAUUAAGAUUGUUUUAUUAAUUAAUUAAUUGUAAUAAAAUUAUUGUACCUCCACACUCUCCUAUUUUGUUAGAUUACUUAUAUUAAUUUUAUCUUAUAUAUUAAGUAAAACAUUAUAAAAAACC